ACCUUGGUGUGAGUGAGCAGCAGGAUGAGGGCUGGGGAUCAGGGAGUGAUGGGGGAAGGGAGCGUGCUUGGAAACUGGAACCAACCUUUUGUUCUGCAAUCCAGAGGAAAUCCUCGGUCCUGCUGGUGAAUCAGGGGUUGGUGCUGAGCAGGAGGUGGGUGCUGAGAGGCUGGAGAGAAACGAAACCCCAGAACACAUCAGGAGUAUCCUGGGGAGCAGUGAGGUAAAGAUGAAAACUCUCUGCAGGGUGGGCCUUUUUUGGCUGAUUUCAGCCCAGAGCUGCUGCUGUCAGAGCACAAACCUCAAAACCCUCCUGGAAGGGACCAGACACCCCAUAUCUCCAGAUCCAGGAGCAGACACCUCGUAUCUCCAGAUCCAGGACCAGACACCCCGUAUCUAUCUCCAGAGCCAGGAGGUUGGCCCAUUGCCUUUAAAAGGCUAAAUGCUCCGAACUAAAUUUGGUCAUGCAGCUCUGCCUGGUUCCCUGGAAUGUCCUCGGGUUUCAGCUCCUCUGAUAGCUCCGUUCCCCGCCCCCCCGGGCUCCAUUGGCUUCCCAGCACCCGGACCCUGCCUGGGUCCCGUCAUUGGCCCAGCCUUGGCCCAGGGCUGUCCCCUCUUUAUAACCACUCCAGCCCGGGCCGAGGGCUCGGGACCUGCUGAGGGUUAACGCUUCAGCACCUGCUGCUCCGGGGGAAGCAGCGGGGGAGCUUUGGGUUCUUGUUUUGUUCUUCUCCUCCCCUGGGGAGCAGCCACCAGCACCGUGUCUCAGCACAGAGCCAAGAUGUCCAAAGUGGCCAAGUACCGGCGACAAGUCAGCGAGGACCCAGACAUCGACAACUUGUUGUCCACUCUGUCCCCGGAGGAGAUGGAAGAGCUGGAAAAGGAGCUGGAUGUGGUGGAUCCGGAUGGAAGCAGCAUCCCCCCGGAGCCGGGCCAGAAAAGCCAAGGAGCCAAUUCCCCAGGUGGGCAGCAGAACCAGAACCCGAGGCUCAACCACUGCCAGCAGGAGAGCAGGAAACGCAUCCAGAGGGAACACUCCGUGGAUGAAAGCAGAUUGAGCGAGAGGAAUAAAAGAGACAAAAAUGAAGAAGAAAAGGGAAAGGAAGCUCCUUCUAAAGACCUGUCCCAGAAAUGGGAUACCAAAGUUGGGAAAGACUCUAAAAAGGAAGCAAGUGUUGAGAAACUGGACCCAAAAGUUAAAGCUGAGGCUGAGUCCAAGACCAGAGAGGAGAAGGUUAUCAAUGACAAAGUCAAGGCCAUGGAGAAAAAGCUGAUGGGGAAGGACAAAAAGGAGGAAGAGAAGAGCUCAGCAUUAAAGAAGGACUCAGGAAAGGAGAAAAAGGAGGAAGAAAGGGGCUCAGGAGCAAAGAAGGACACAGGGAAGGAGAAGAAAGAAGAAAAGGAUUCUGCAUUGAAGAAGGCUCCAGAGAAGGACAAAACAGAGGAAGAGAAGAGUUCAGGGACAAAGAAAGAGGUAGAAAAGGACACAAAGGGAAAAGAUAAGAAAGAAGAAGAUAAAAAAGAAGAGGAAAAGAGUUCAGCUUCAAAAAGAACAAAGCCAGAGGAGGAGAAAUCCCAGCCAGAGGUGGAGAAGGCAGCGGAGAAGAAACAGGAGACGAAGGCAGGGGCAGAGAGCAGCCCCUGCAAGCCCCCUGCCCCCAGCCCUGCAGAUCAGGCCAAGGCUGACGAAGCCUCCAGCAUUUUUGAUGAGCUCAUCGAGAGGGUGAAGAACAACGAUGCUGAGGUGACCGAGGUGAACGUGAACAACUCGGACUGCAUCAACACCGAGACCCUGGUGCGCUUCACCGAGGCCCUGGAGUUCAACACCGUGGUGAAGCUCUUUGCCUUGGCCAACACCCGCGCCGACGACCACGUGGCCUUCGCCGUGGCCAUCAUGCUCAAGUCCAACAAGGUGCUGAGGAGCAUCAACCUGGACUCCAACCACAUCACGGGCAAGGGCAUCCUGGCCAUUUUCCGUGCCCUGCUGCAGAACAGCACCUUGACGGAGCUGAGGUUCCACAACCAGAGGCACAUCUGCGGGGGCAAGACGGAGAUGGAGAUCGCCAAGCUCCUGAAGGAGAACACCACGCUCCUGAAGCUGGGCUACCACUUCGAGCUGGCGGGGCCACGCAUGACUGUCACCAACCUGCUGAGCAGAAACAUGGACAGGCAGAGGCAGAAACGCCUCCAGGAGCAGAAACUGGCACAGGAGAAGAAAGACCUCCUGGAGGUGCCCAAGCCUGGAGCUCAGCCACACGGGUCCCCCACGCCCUCCCCCAAAGCUUCCCCCAAAAGCUCUCCCAAGAAAGGGGGGGCACCCGCUGCACCGCCCCCACCUCCUCCUCCUCUUGCCCCCCCGCUGAUCAGUGAGGACCUGAGGAACUCCCUCUCCCCGGCCACGCAGAGGAAGCUGGGGGAGCGGGCACUGCCGGCCCAGGAGAAGAAUUCCCGGGACCAGCUGCUGGCAGCCAUCCGCUCCAGCAACCUCAAGCAGCUCAAGAAGGUGGCGGUGCCGAAGCUCCUGCAGUAGGGACCUGGGGGGGGCUUUGUCCCCACGGCCCGGCGUGGCAGCCCACGGGACAGUGGCCCUUCUCCUGUUUCCAUGACGAUCCCUGUGGGACCCUGCAGUGACCGACGCCGAGGAGCAGCGAUCCCUCUGGGACAGACGGACAGGCGGACGGAGGGGUUGGCCCCCCGAGGCCACCACGGCCCCUCUGCACCUCGUGUUGGAGGAGGAUGUUGUCAUAUUUGUGAUGUUGACGGUUGUGAAGCCCCCAAGGUGGCUCUUGGGGCCACCACCACCACCCCCCCACCUGCCUGGGGUCACCGGGGACAGCAGGAUGAGGAGGGGUCUGCAGGGGUGGAGGGGGCACCCAACAUCCAGCUUGCCUGAGGAUCCCCGGCCUGGGGUGAGCAGAAGGACCCUCCUCACCAGGCAGGGGACAGCCAGACCAUUGUCACCUCAUAGCUGGUGUCCCCAGGGGGGGUCUCAGGGUUGGGGAGGGUCAGAGAAAGAGGGGAUCGGGGCAGCAAGACGAUAGGGUGGGGGCUGGAGCCUCCAGGACCAAUUUUGGAGCUUUUCAGCCCAAUUUAGGGUUUGGGGGUGGUUGGAGGUUUUCCCUUCUUGACCCCCACUCUUGAUGUGACACCUGCCCCCUCCCCCUGUCCCCCAAGUGGACACCCACCCGGGGACAGCAGGGACACCCACCCGGGGACAGCAGGGUGGGCUCCCCGGGGAUGGGGAGAUGGAGAGCAGUGGGUGGCACACAGGGGACACUGCCUGUCCCCAAGGUGGGUCUGGGGGCCACGCCGGUGCCCCCCGCCGGGAAGCCACCUUGGGGACGUGUGUGAUGGCGGCCACUGCAUCAGCAAUAAACGCUCACCCAGCGCUUGU